GACGCCCCCGCUGCUGCUCGUCCUCCGAGCCCGGUCGCAGCAGCCUCACCCGACGCGGCGCAGUCCUCCGAGUCCUCAGACACGGAGUCCCAGUCGUCCUCGGAGGACGAGUCUCCCCGUCGCGCCCAGCAGAACACCCCGUGCGCCCUCUCCACCGCCCGCUCGCCGCUCGCCACGCCUGAACCCCGUCCCACUCCCGUACCGUCGUUUCUUGGAGACACCGAAGAUCAAGACCACCUCAGGCAACGCUUCAGGAAGUUUUGGAUGGCUUCCGUUGUCGAUGCCUUCAGCGACGAUCUGGGGAGAUUCGAGGCCAAUCUGUCGAUACCUCGCCUUGCGCUCCUUAUUGACUCUUUGGCUGCUGGAGCGGACGUCUUCUCAUCCUCGCAUGGUGCCGAUAACGGGGGCAUCGACGAGACGGAUGUCGCGAUG